AGCCCCUCCAGGGCCAGGGUUUAGGUCAGAGUCCUUGGACGUGCACCACCUACUUCUGCAGGUCCCGCCCUCCCUCCUCUACCCCUAAACCUGCGGGCGGGGAGCCUCAGUCGACUCAGAGGUCCCAGCGCCGCCACUUACCCUACCAUGCUGCGCCGGCUGCCCGCCAGGCUGUGGAACGGAACUGCGAGGACUCAGUCAUGGAGAAACAGCAGUCAGACCGCUUCCCCGUGUCUUAUCCGGAGACUCGACCACAUUGUGAUGACAGUAAAGAGCAUCAAAGACACCACCACCUUCUACUCCAAGGUCCUGGGCAUGGAAGUCACAACUUUCAAGGGAGACCAGAAAGCACUACGUUUUGGAGAUCAGAAAUUUAACCUGCAUGAGAUGGGGAAGGAAUUUGAACCCAAAGCCAUCCACCCCCUGCCUGGCUCCCUGGACAUCUGUCUGAUCACAGAGGCUCCUCUGGAGGAGAUGAUCCAGCGCCUCAAGGCUUUUGAUGUCCCCAUUGAGGAGGGCCCAGUUCCCAGAACAGGGGCAAAAGGACCGAUUAUGUCCAUCUACUUCCGAGACCCAGACAGAAACCUGAUUGAGGUGUCCAACUACAUCUCAUGAUCACCACCACCCUCUGUGUUUCCCCUCAUGCAGGUUUGAGACCAGACCUACAGUCUAGAGGGCUCCAUCCAAGCCAUGCAAUAAAUGAGCAGUCUCCCUGAGUGCGCUCGCUAUUCUUACCA